UCAGGUGAAGGCGCCUACCGGUGUCAGCAUCGUGCAGGCUGCGGCUACCUUGCCCACCACUCGAUCCGCAUCGUCAUCUGGCUUUCGUAACUGUAAGUGGAUAACGAAUCGUGAUUAAUAAGAUAUAUGUGUAAUGGAUCAGAACGGUAUUGGGGACACAAUUCUCGUACCUCUGGCGUCCCGCGGCGGGUGGCGGGGAGGCAGAAGGCAGUGAGGCCUCAGUCACCCGCGCCACCACCCUGAGGCCGCCCUGUUACCGGCCGCUGAGUUUUCCAUGUUUUCGUAACAUCUGUGUCGCCGGUUUUUGGGUGUCGCUCAUAAAUAACAGAGGGCUUGUCAGACUCGCUGCCCGCGACACUCCAGGCAGGUGUUUUCAUGCCACGUGUCAGCGGGAUGGCCUGAACGCCACUCUCACUCCUACUCCUCCUUGGCUGUACCAACAGUGUGUGUUUAGUGCCAUCAUGAAAGGAGUCACCGCACCUACACAAUGGAAAUAAAAGAACGAGCAGCAUUGGCGGUGGAGCCAUGCUGAUGGCCGCGGUGGUGCCCCGCGACACGGUGGUCACCUACAAGCCGCCUCGGGGCACCAAGGUCAACCUCAGCACCGCCAACCACGUGGCUCUGGCCGACACGGGUAGCGCGCGUGUGAAGGGUGACCUUGUCCCCGAGGAAGAACGAUCCCUUUCCCUUCCUACCAGAGGUCGAGCAAAGUCCCCCCUGGUGCAACAAUGUCCUGCUGCCACCAGUCACCUCAUCACCGCCGAGCUCAACCACUGCACGGGCUCACUUUCCAGCCUGUGCCACACCUCGGGCAAUGGCGUCUUGCCCCACAUGGCCCGGCCGGCCUUUACAAGGUCUGCCACACUCCGCUCUGCCAACGGGCCCCUGAGGUCAAGUAGCAUCAGUGGCGCCCUCGACCGGCCAGCCAGCCCGGCUAAGCUGCAAAGAUCCUUCAGUAGAACCCCAAGCGCCAGCAGCGAUACGAAUGACUCUCGACCGAGCAGCAUCCACAGCACCGCCACUGAGGAGCUCAACAUGGCGGUGCCUCCCGAGGAUGAGGGCGAGAAGGUGGAGGAAGAGAAGCUACUCAAAAACCCACGGGUGGUUAUGCUCAAGUCCAACAGCUUGACCUUCACACCAGUCAUCGUGCAGCAGCAGCCUCCUCAGAAGGACCAGCAUGGCUGCCCGCGGCCCCUCACUCCGACCACCGUGAACCUGCAGCAGCGCCGCUCAGGCCUCAUGGUGGACCCGACCCGCCGGGCGUGCUAUCGUGCCAACAAGAGUGUCUCCUUUGACUGUGAGACUCGGACAGAAACGUUCGAGACUGAAAUGACAGAAUCUGAGACCGACGAACGGGAGUUUGUACAGCUAAUGGGCCACUACGACCGGCGACCACACGUGCGGCUGCCCAUCUCUCACGACGACGAGUAUUGUCCGCCGGGCAAGGAGGAGCAGGACUUCCUUCCUAAGGUGCUGUGCUUUGCCCUGGCGCUCGUCAUCACUGGCGGCAUUCUGUACGGCCUCAAUGUUAUCAUCUCUCGCAUGAACAUGAAUCUCUUCUCCGCCUGAGGACGCUUGUCGAGGAUGAAGUUAUCACGGAGUCGCUGAAGGUGUUCGAGGGCCUGUAGUUCGCUGGGGGUGCGGCUGCCGAGGCGCCGACGCAGGAAAACGACCGAGAAAACGAAAGCCAGAAGGAAGAAAAGGAAAGCAAAUCGAAGGUAGAAGAAAUCAUAAAGGAAAAAGAAAUACUUGUAAUCGAAAAGAAACAAGAGAUUGUGAAGGAAAAAGAGCUUGAGAAAGAAAAGGAAAGUGCCAUGAGCAGUAAAGAUACAAGCAGCAGCACUGGGUUGCGGGCCGAUGUGGAUUCCCUCCUCGACCACUCCCCUUCACGCUGCAUGGUGAGGUCUCGUCUCCUGCCGCUCCCCUUACGGCCCCUACUACAGGAAUAUUCCACCAGUGACCCUGCAGCCGCCAGAGGUCACCAGAAACCCGCCUACGAGUUUCCGGAAGUGACAGUGAUACACACGCGUACAGACCCAAUACUGUUCGCAAAUGCUCAAAACUCUCCGUAUGAAGUUGAAACAGAACUUGGGUGUCACUCGCGUAGCUUUACUGAGAGCAGUAUUACCAGACCUGCUGCGCCCCGCAGCGCCCGCAGGCACACCUCCCCCUUGCGUCCUUGGCUCCAGUGACUCUCCUCGAUGCUGGCGGGACGGGUGCAAGGGAGCCUGGUACCUCCCGGCGCCCACCUCCUCUUCCCCCCAGGAAACCGCCAGUAGUGUGGUGUAGUUGUCGAGGUGUUACUGCAAGCACAAUGUCGCUCUGCUAUGCUCGCUUAAGGCUCAAGCGUUAGACUCGAGUUGGUAUGAAGUGAGCGUAAGUCGUAGGCUGACUUAACAAUCAAUUUGUAUAAAGACAUACACAUAACGAUAAUAUAAAUACAUAAAUACAUUUUAGUGUUUCGCGAUAAAAAAAAUAAAUAAAUAAUUCUUUCCAGGUUUUCAUAACGUAGAGAUCAUUCUUUAUUUUUCCCGUUUUUUCGUAUAUUAUUAUUAUCAAUCUUUCGUCUUCAGGGUAUCAUCAAAACUAAUCUUUAAUACUGACCUCGUUGUUCGAUUUGCUGAUGACGGUCAAGUGUGAGCGUGUCGGCACUCCGCGGGGCACGAGGCGCCGGCAGCGGCGGCGGCGGCGGCGGCGGCGGCGGCGGAGCGGCAAGGAUGCUACUGGUGCGUUUGUAGCAGCGCCCGGAAGGAGAGGGUGAGGGAGGUGGAUACAUUCUCUCUCUCUCUCUCUCUCUCUCUCUCUCUCUCUCUCUCUCUCUCUCUCUCUCUCUCUGCACUACAUUCACUUUCCAUCACCUUCAGUUAUCAGGCAAUUUUAGUGUUGCCUUCUAACCUCGCAGCUUGUUCGACUUGCUUUUUUUUAUAUUUCUAUCCCCUCCACCCAGCCGGUGUGUCUUAGAUCUCUCUUUCGCCUUGUUCCAGCAUGGCUGCCCCUCGCCUCUCCCAGCACAACCCUGACCCUCUCACGUCCGCAUCGUUAGCGUUACCACCAUCCCCACCAGCACAGUCACCCAUCUCUCCUAGCCGCGUGCUACUGUUUGUUCUGGACCUGUGUGGUGCGCUACAGAUGAUCAUCAAUAAGGAAUAACUUCACUAGUACCCGCUCGCCUUCACAGUUUCCGUAGUAUACAAAGAGGGAUUUUGUGGCGACGCAUGCAGCUCCCUCACGGAGACGAGAGAUGGGAGUGCGGGGUGUGGUGGCGGUGGUGGUAGUGGUGGUGGUGGUGUGCAGUGUCGCGCGUACUGUGAGGAAUGAACGUGAUAUAUGAGUGUGUAGGAAAUGCAAAAGCAAAUGCACUGAGACUCCAGUGUUCUCGUCGCGCCUUUAGCGAAUAAUGGGAAACCUGAGACAGGAAAGAGUGGCGUCUCUCAUCUAGCAACUCGGCGUGUGUCCGCUAUUCUCUCGUUACUAAAGGAUAGGCCUCCAUGCGCCACAAUCAGGUUUUGGCUUCAUUCAUUUUAGUAGUCACAGUUUCGGGAGGCGUCUCGGUGUGCCGUCAGGGCAGCAAGAGCCGACGCUUUUUGUACGCGAGGGAGUUGCCGCCGCUGCCACAGAAACUUGACUUUGUGUUUUAAAUUGAGGUGUUUGAAGCAAUAUGUUUUGCUAUAGAAUGUUAGAAUUCAGGGUAUUUAACAUUCUGCUAUGAUAAGGUAGCUAUUCUAGCCAUAGACCACAGCAGUUUAUGGAAGUUAAUAAGUCGCAUUAAAAUUAAGUCACGUUCCCUAUGAGGAAUUCUCUAGAGUUUUAAUUCCUUUAGGCAAUAAUUAAAUGUAGAAUUCCAAUGCUUAUAGAUAAGUACAUCAAGAGGAAUUAACUAUAAAGCGGCAGUUCUAGAGCUUGUGUAGCCGUUAGACAACACAAAGACGAUACCUGAAGUUUACUCGUAAACGUUGUCAGUGUUAAGACAAAGUUAUGAAUUCUCCACUCUGUUUCACUAUCGGGUGGCCGGCCCUCAAUGAGGGCCGCACGCCCGCCCCAUUAGUGCGUCAUGUGUGUGCGAGGCGUGGUGUGAGUGUCAAGGUAACCCCAACACUGGCGUGGGCUUCCUGCAAGCUGUGUCUUCCCUUGAGUAAUACCUCCACUGCGGAUCCUUCGCUCCUCGCUCCUCACCGCCCUCACAACACCCCGGUAGUCGAGGAGACACCUGGCUCUUAAGUCUUCCUAGAUGUUAGUCAGCUAGUAACUCUUGUGUUUCAAGUAACAAGUAACAUGUCUGAAAUACGGUGCUGCUCUUCCUCGGGGAUAACAAGUCAACGGUACUCGGGCCCCGGGCACCUGCCGGGCCGCUGCCCCGGGUGACGAUACCUGCUGACGAGCCGCCGCUGCCAGGCAGGCAGGAGGGGCUUGGCAGCAGUCCUGCACGGCUCCCGAACACAAACAGAACGACCCCAAACGGAAGUUCAGUCAAUUGGCAGAUGUUCAUGUGUUCUUUGCACUACUUACGGCCACCAUUGUCAAGGGAAGACACAGAGCAACCAACUGCUCAAAAUCAAAGGAAGAAGAAAUUAAGGCGAUGGUUCAACAUAAUCAAAAAAAACAAGGCAGAAGGACUGUGUCGUAGGAUUUUAUAAGGUUCAGUUAUACAAAGUAAUACGUUCCGCCUCAGCCACGGGUCACGUGACGGGUGACGCGUGGCUCCUCGUGUACCCGGCGCCAACACCCAUCAGACCCGACCCGCCGUCAGGUCCGUGCUGUUUCCGCGGAUUCUGUUAUUGAUGUCAAAGACGUAUGUGGUAAUAAACUACAGCUCUGGCAAUAAAUCUCUUGGGGAUGUUGAUGCAUCUUUUUAUCAUAUUAAUUAAUCUUGAUGCAGUUUUUCCCGUCGUGAGGUUAUACGGCUGUUGGUUGUGACGGGCCGGCUGUGCUGUCAUCAUGAAUGGUCACCGUGUUCGUUUGUUAUAAUGGCAGUAGCGCCGAAUAAGAAGGAGGAACACCGCCCGGAGACAUUGUCAAGAAAGCAAUAACCGCCGCGGCCCGGGAUCUUGGUUACUUGCGGUCCCGACGCCGAGACUCUGCGCCGCGGCGCGACUCACAAACAGCCUGGACGCUCGUUCCCUUCACCCUCAAGACAAGCCGCUGCUCCGGCGAUCAUCUUCGAGACUCACAUAACUACUACACUUUAUUUAUAGUCUCUGAUUUCAUUUCACACACACACACACACACACACACACACACACACACACACACACACACACACACGUUUCUUUCACCCUGCAAUCAGAACCUCAGGCUUACUGUGCAAAACAAGUGAGUGAGAACCUCCAGUGACGCAUCAGGUGCUCGCCGGAGAUAGUCCUGUCGGCGCCGCUCACCAGUGACUGAUGGCAUUCUUUAAAAGCUUCAUAGUCAAGUGAAGGAGUCGAAAUUCAUGUUAAUUUUAGUGUGAAGUGAUUAUUAGAAGCGCCUGAUUUGCUUCUCGGGUUAUGCUUGGUUUAUCAUACAUAUGUGCAUUAUCCUCGGCAAUACCAGACAAUCUCAUUUUUGUAAUUCAUUGUAAGAAAAUUUUUAGAUAUAUCUGGAAUGUCUCCCUGAGUCCUUCUUCCUUCCUGCCGCCGCCUCGUGCGUGGGCGCGGGGCCGCUCAGGUACGCCUCCGCCUCCCUCGCGGCUGCUCUUGGUAUUAAGGGCUGUGGAUGGUCAGUUGCUACUCUGUCAAGCUUCCAUUGUUCGGAAGAUUAUACUUCUAGUCCUCCCUGUGUGCACCAUUUUAUAGAUUUCCCAGUGUUCGUGUAUUUUUUACAUUUUAGAACGUAUCUCGACCUCGUGUUAACAUUGCAAGUUUGUGUAAACUGUUGCCUCUUCGAUUCCAAGAUGAGUUUGAGAAUGAUUCAGAUAAGAGUUAUGUUAAAGUACAUGUCUUUUCCACUGAAAAGUUGCAAACCAUCGCUACUGACGUGUGUGAGUGGUCAAAUGCAGCACUUGUUACUGACAGUCACAUCGUGGCGUCCCAAGCCGAGGAGCGUGACGGCCAGUCUGGCGCCUCAAGAUGUUGACACUUGCAGCUUUUUAUAUAUGACACUAUGUUAAAUGUUAUCGAUACUGACCCUUGUCCUUCAUUACGCUGCGUAUUUUUAUAAUGUAAUUUCAGACUAGCUUGUUGCUUAAUUGAGGUUGUUUUGCAUGAGCCGCACGUCCCCAAGAAUGGUUGUGAAACACCAGCACGAGGCAGCUCAGGGGACGUGCCCCACGCUGCUAUUGUUCUGUCUGUGACCAAGACUCAAGGCAGCGUCUGUCCGUGCUCGUGGCAUCCACUGUAUAGAAACAAUUUGUUCCUGUUACUGUAGGACGCCAGCACUUGUGAAGAAAACACCUCGUGAAUCUGUACUUCUCUAAGGCACAAAGUUACGCUCCUUACAGUUUCUUCAGCCACUAAGAUUGCAUGUAAGAUCUGAGUGUUUCUUGGGAACGCUGGAUUACGAGACAGCCACCGUGUGGUUCCUCGGCCAGGGCUCCGAACUCUAAGGGAGCCUUACAGCCUGUCAAUGUGUGUUGUCUAAAGUUACUGAGAACUGCUGCUCCCUGGUAGUGGUUGGUAGAUAGUGAAGAGCGCCAGGCCACAGAAUAUAAUGUUACAGACCUGUUUCCGCCUGAUGUUAAGUUCAAGCAGUCUACGAGGCCUCACGAUCACCUUCCUGUCGUCACCUCAUGCAUCCCUACCUCCUCCAGUCCUUCCUGCUCCCUCCAUAGCAUCCACCCUGUAUCUUCCCUAAAUACCUGAAGAAACUGGCUUGAGUGAAAUGUGCUGAAUGAGCCAAGUAAAGGCUUCUUGUCACCAGGUGUUUCCCUUCACAGGCAAGACGCGGUGUGUCCUUUGCGUAUCAGAGAGUGAUCAAGAAAAUCUUGGACACUAUUGUAAUUCCAUCAGUCUUUCGAUCAAAAAUACACUCACGAGCCAUAAUGUAGUCCGUAGUUCACCACGAUCAGGUCUGGGUGGUGAGGGUCUGGUGCUCCUCUGCUGGCUUGGAGUCGCAUGAAGUGGUGGUGCGAGUGUCAAUGGGUUAAUUGCCAUGAUUGUGGAGCCGCGUCCAGAGGAAUGCCCAGCCCUCACCUCUGAGUUGAUCUAAGUGUGUUUUUCUUUCUUUCUUUUUUUCAUCAUAUCAAAACUGUGGCUCUUCAUCGUACCUACGUUCCCUACAUUAAACAGAGGAUCUUCAUAACAUACUUGUGCACCAUGUUUACAAAACUGUGAAGCUUUCAUAUUAAUUUUCAUCAAUGUUCUCUUUCGCUCACUGCCUUCAAUUUUGCCUUCACCGCGGCUACUCCAGACGGCCGUGCCUGCGGCCACCUCAGUCCCGCCUUGCAGGAAGCAGCAGUCAGGUCUCCUCACAAGUUUGGGUAAUUUGUGCCGCGGACUGACGGCCAAUGCCUCCUGUAUUCUCGCAGGAUUUUGUCUUGCAUUAAUUUGUUUACUUACUAAUUAUUUUUUUAUCGUCACCGUGAUGAGUCUCCCUGGCCGAGAGUGUGCCGCCCUCUCCCCGACUCACGAUGCUCCCGCUGUAAUGGUCGUCCCCUCACUCCCCACCCCCCAUCCCCCGCCCCACCCGCCCUCACCCCGUUCAUCCUCACAUUCGGCUUUUUUUUCUUUUUUUCUAACGUGCGCUCUGAAACAUAUGUAAAUAUGAAUGGUCAGCUGUAAAUAUUUGUUACAUGAAAUUUUAUUCUACUCCGUUGAAGAAAAUUAUCAUGACUUGUUCCGAAUAAAGCUCAUUAAACAUAGAG